AUGAAUGUCGCGCCUGCCCUGCGAGGUCUCCCCGCCGGCCUGCCUCGUGUAGUGCCCGUGGACCGCAAGCUGUUCCCCGAUGGGCUUCGUACCAGCGGCCAACAUCCACCCAUCGAGAGCCAGUUACGUCCUUUCGAGGAGUUCCCGCGCAAUAUCACCGGGCCGACGGCCUGGACAAGGGAGCACAUGAUUCAACAUCCAGAGCAAUGGAUUCACCGGUGGACGGAGCCGGAGCUUGCGGAGCUUCUGCAGGCCGUCGACACAUUCAUAGCCUCGGGAGUUCCGCUUACCAGUAUCAGCAAGGACAACUUCCGGCUACCCACCAUUGAAAAGAUUUUGCCAGGGAUUCGGAGCGAUAUCUUGAAUGGACGGGGGUUCAUUGUUUUCCGCGGCCUACCCAUUGACAAGUGGGGGCGAUACAAGGCGGCAGUGGUGACGAUGGGCUUGUCCGUACAUUUUGGAUACCUCGUCUCGCAGAAUAAACUUGGCCUGAUUCUCGGCCAUGUAACAAACCAGGGAGCGGACUAUCACAACGACCUCGAUAAGAUCAAGAUCUCAGCCACAAACGCACCGCAGUUCUAUCACACUGACGAAACGGAUAUCGUCGGGCUGUUAUUCUGCGCUCCCGGGGAGACGGGCGGUGCUUCUGGCUGUGCGUCCGCACAUACAGUCUGGAAUUCCUUGGUGAAAGAAAGGCCCGAUGUGGCAAAGACGUUGGCCUCGCCCAUCUGGUAUGUCGACCGCAAGGGCGAGGUGACAGACGGGCAGGAGCCCUGGUUUAGGAACCCCAUCUUCAUGGUUGAGCCGGGUGGCAAAGAGCGUGUCUAUGUCAAGUGGGAUCCGUACUUUGUCAAGUCCUUGGCUCGCUUCAGCGACAAAGGGUCGAUCCCUCCUCUAUCCGCAGAGCAGCUGGAGGCGAUGGAGGUCCUGGAGGAGACGUGCAAGCGGCAUGGAAUCGUCUACGACUGCGAGAUCGGCGAUAUCCAAUUCGUCUCUUGCUGCCAGACAUUCCACUCGCGCACUGGAUUCACGGAUCCACCGCCACCGAAGCCACAACGGUAUCUCCUGCGGACGUGGAUCGCGACACCUGAACAUGAGGGGGGAUGGUGUCUGCCUUUCCACGACAGUUGCUACCCGAAGCGAGGAGGAAUCCAGGUCGACAAUACACCUCCGGUAGCCGAUCCACUCACCACCGCAGGCGGGACAGAGUAA